AUGAAUUUUCUGAAGCUGCAAUAUACAAAUGGAUUGCUGCUCUGCUUAAUUUGUAUAUUAAAUGUAUCUAGAUCAGUACUUUUUUGCCCUAUAGGCUGUAAAUGCCUGCCAAAUGAAAAUAAUGUUUCAUUUCAACUUCACUGUACAUUUGUGCCAUUUCAUCAAAAUUAUUUAUUAUUAAACUUCACAUCUCUAUAUUUUAAUGGUGUUCAUAAGGAAACAUUGAACUGUGAAGACCUUGUCUUCAAUGGCUUCAAUAACUCACAUAUUUCAAUUUUAAAAUGGCAAAAUAGCUCUAUAAAAACCGUUUAUAAUUGCAGUUUUUCAAAGCUGCCUGAAUUAACAAUUUUAGAUCUAGGAAACAAUGAAAUCGCUGAUUUCAACCAAUCUCUUGAACCUUUAACAAAACUUAUUACAUUGAAUUUGACAGCAAACCAGUUCAGUCCAAAAAACAACAUCUUUCAACAUCUUAAUCAAAUAAAAGAAUUAUAUCUCGGACAUAAUUACUUAACCAACUCACACAUUAGAUAUAUUUCACAACUCACCACUCUAGUAGUAUUAGAUGUUUCUUACAAUUCAAUAACAAUUUUAUACAAUGAUAUUUUGUGUAAUUUAACAAAAUUAGAAGAGUUGAAUAUUAAUCACAAUAGGUUGAGAAUUAUUCAUAAACAUGCAUUUAAAGGAUUAGAAAGAUUGAAUUCUCUUGAUUCCUCAAGUAAUGAGUUGAUAGAAAUUCAGGAGGAAGUAUUAAAUGAUUUGGUUUCUUUAGAAUAUCUCGAUUUGAGUUUGAAUUUCAUAAAUAAUUUACCACAGAAGUUAUUCAUAAACCAAAAGAAAUUAAAACAUUUGAAUUUAAGUAACAAUCCUAUUAAUUUUAUAAGUGAUUUUAUAUUUCUUAACUGUAGCAAUUUAGAAACUUUAGUUCUUGAAAAUACUAAUAUAAAUAAAUUAAAAAGUAAUAGUUUUUUAGGAUUAUCCAAAUUGGCAACAUUAACACUAAGCCACAACCAUCACUUAACAGAAAUAGACAAUUACACAUUCUACGGAACACCAAAUCUCCGACAUAUAGAUAUUAGUUACUGUAAUAUAUCUGUGAUGGAUACAUAUCUAAUGAGUUUAACUCAGCUGAACAUCUUAAUGGCUCAUGGAAAUCCAAUAAUAUGUGAUUCUAAUUCAAAAUGGUAUUUAGACUGGUCAAACAAACAUUCUAAGAUUAAAAUUGAAAAAGUCUGUCCAAAGAAUUUAACGAAACCCGUAAUUCACUCCAAUAAUAAUACUAACAAGAUAAAGCCCAUGGUAUUUGAACUUGGACAUUCAGCUACUCUAAACUGUGAUAACACAAGAGACUUACCUAUAGUAAUGUGGACAACUCCAUCCAAUACUACUAUGAUUUUAAGACUUAAAAAUACUUCUGUUAAAAAAAAUAAUGAUCGGUUACAAAUACUGGAAAAUGGUACAUUGUAUAUAAAACACAUUGUCAGAGAAGAUAUUGGUUUAUACAAGUGUUUGUUCCAAAAUGAAAUAAACUCAUUAAAUUCAACUAUGCGAAUUAUAGUACAACUAGACCCAAUAACAUUCUAUAGAAUUAAAAUUUUAAGCAUUUUGGCAGGUAUUAUUUCAGCCGCAAGUUUUCUAGCCAUAACUAUAAUAGUUCAAAUGGUGCGAACAUUAUUGAAAAGAUGUGGUUGUUGUACUGGUAUCCAUAGUGAGUCUCCUAAUAGAAAACAAUUAAUUCAAAUACUUGAAUCUAUCGAACAAUAUAAAACACAACAGUUAGAAAAAUUAAGGGAGAACUAUACUUUACAAGUCCAUAAAAUUAAAGAUAACUGUCAACAACAAGUUGAGUGGAUAUGUGAUAGUUAUCAAGGACAAGUUAAAAAUUUAAAAGAUAUUAGAGAUUACGGAACAAGCCAUUUAUCUUCUAUGAAAGAGCAGUAUUAUGAACAGGUGAAACGAGUUAAAGAAUAUUCUAAUGGUCAACUGAGUUGGGUACGAGAAAAUUAUGUCUUUCAAAGGAAUCGUAUACGUAAAUUCAGUUCUCACCAGGUCCUCCGAUUUAGAGAAUCCUAUAAAUAUCAGCAACAAACAUUGAAUAAAUUGUUAGAGAAUUUACCCAAUCUUUACCUAGAAAACUGUCGGAAUGGAUCAUGUAGCAAAAGUGAAUCAAGUGAAGGCAAUCAAGAUGAAGCAAAUUAUGAAGUAUAUAUUAAAACUAAAGCAGAAGAAAUGAACUCAGAAUGUCAAUCAGUGUAUUACACUCCAUCAGAAUUAUCACAAAGUCCGAAUACACCAGCAAAAGAUCAAAUAAUACCUAAGAUUUGUGGAACUUCUUAUACAGAUAAUACAUAUCAUGGCAGCAAAAAGAAAAAAAUACACCAAAAUGAAAAAUGUAAAGAAAACUUCAUGGAUAUUAAUUCAACAUCAAAAAAACUUCCAUUUAGAACAUUAAGCAUGCCAGAAAUUAAAAAAACAGUGAUAGGCGAAAAUAAUCAGUCCAGUUGUUUUUGCAGAUGCCGUGAAACUGAAUUAUAG